AUGAGCGAGAGCUUCGUGGACUUGACUUCGAAAUUGUCGAUGAGCGGUGACAGCAACAGCGAGAGCGGAAGUGACAGCGAUGUCUCGUUUGUGGAUGAUUUGAAGGUACACAAUCGUAUAAAUUUCCACGUUGGGACGGCAAAUUGUAGAUCUCCAUGAGUUUUAUCAUUCAAGUAGCAUGUAAGACGCCGUCAAGGCGCCUAACUGGAAACUGAUUGUACAAAAAAAACAUAACUUUUUGCCUUUCCUGUAUAGAAUUCAUCGAUAUCUACAACUGCCCGAUGACAACUAUGUAUACAAUAGUUUUGCAGAUAACCAAUGACCAUUUUCAGACUCCAAUCCUUCAAAAUCAAAAAAAGCUGGAAGCGGUGCCGGCUGAAGACUUUCCGAAAGCGAAAAUAAUUGAAGGACACCGAGUGGAGCAGAUCUGCCAGACUCUGUGCGAAACUCUGCCAGAGCUCCACAAAGUUCUGCCGGAUUUUCUCACUCUUCUGCCCGAUCUUUCGCACGUUCUGUUCGAACUGAAACCACUGGUGGCGGACCUUCAGACCGCGUUUUCGAUCCUCAACGAGAAGAUUCCGGAGCUCAUGAAGGUUCUUCCGGAUCCGACGGCCCAGAAUGAGACUGUGGAGGACCAGGAGCCCGUUUCGCUUCCUCCUUCUUCUCCUUCCGGCCUUUCGGUUAGUUCUGAACAUCCCACAGCUCAUCCACACAUUUGAUUUCCUUUCAGAUUGUUCUCAAAAUGGUCCAACAACUGCGUCUGGAAGUGGAUGUUAUGAGAACGACUGGAGACGAUAAAAGAGCGGAGAAAAAGGAGAUCAAACACUUGUGGAGAACUGUUGAGAAACUGCAAAACGAGCAAACUGACCUCAAAUCCCAACUGAGCCAACCGGUCCAUUUUGCUCUGAUUUCGGGCAAACUCAUCGUCGAAUCGAUUCUCGGCGAGUGGCAAAUGGUCUCGUCGAACAAUCUGGACGAGUACCUCAGAGUGAACGUUUCGAAUUACACGGAGCGAGUGUUCUGGAAGUACGGAAACCGUUGUUUCGAACGGAACAAGCAAAUGAUGACGGUCUACGGCCGUCUGGACGGCAAUCCGUUCGAGCGGGGAACUCACAAGCUCGGGCGGUGGGAGGAGUGCGACGACGGAACCGACAUGGUCAUUUAUGUGGACGGCGAGAAGCUGAUCAUGCUGGGAGCGGUCAGAAAGACCGGCGAGCUCAUUUGGAGACUCGAGCACUCGAUCACGGACGGAAAACUGAGGAUUGAGGCCAGACGGAACCAAUGUGCCUGCGAGCGAUUCUACGAGAAAAUCUAA